CAUAUAGCAGGGUGUGGUAACAGCUAGAGCACAAGUAGUCACGUUGAUAAUUUCCGGUGUAAAUUUAAUUUCAUAACAAAUUCUGAACUAGCUAUUGGCAUUAAUCUAAGUGUUUAUUAUUUGCCUCAUGCAUGUUGAUGUGCUUCUGGUGGUGUUAAUUUUUCUGCUGAGUACGGACUUAGUAAAUCAUGACCUCCAGAGGAAGCAUACAGUGAUAGGAGAAUAUGUCAAGUGUAAGAAUGGUUUGAGUUGACAUCAAAACUGUCGGCUGCGGGGAGUGUUAAUAUUGAUUUUUAUGGGUUUGUUCAAAUCAACAUUAUUAGAUCAUCAUAUAAUAAUGAGGUACCUACCUUGCUUUCAGUUGUGGCGGUAUAUUAACUACCAAUGGACAUGUGUUUGAGUGCUCCAUCAUAACUCAUGGUAUCAAAGGUGAUUGGUGGGAUGGCAGAAGAGAGUGCAGAGUGUGAGCUGCAACAGCUAGUGAGCACAGACGACGACCAGCCUCUCGACAACCGUCCCGGCGAGAUCACUCCGCCCAUCACCUCCACCUCCACCAAGGUCACCCAGACGUCCCCCACCUCUCCCGUCAGCAACAAGAUGUCAUCCAGCACGGGAAGUCUGCGUGGAGUGGGUGUCCAGGGGUCGGUAGCUCGCUCCAUCAACAGAGUGACCACCGUUCCAGCGAUUGUAAGCACGUCUGCCAUCACGUCACCUACUGCAGGGUCUGCAUCUGGGAGCCAGCAGACAAAGUUCCUGUACGUGAAUGAGAAACUGUCGCGAGGGCCGUCACUCAUGUCCGACAGCAGUGUCCGGCCAGCGCAAGCAGCCCGUCUUAACCCUGUUGCAGCCCGACUGCACAACACUAAGCGAGGUCGGCAGCGUGGGUACCAACACCACUGUUUUCUCUCAGAUGUGACAGACGUGCGUCGCAUGGAGGCGGCCUUGCUACACCUGCUCGAAGACUUCCAUUCCGGCAAGCUGCGGGCAUUCGGUAAAGACUGCAGCAUGGAGCAGAUGACCGGCAUCCGGGAACAGCAGGAGCGCCUGGCUCGCCUGCACUUCGACCUGGGAGCUCAGCAGGAGCUGUUUGCGCCACUGAGUGACGAGGGGCUCCGCGCCGACCAGGAGAACAUGCAGCGCCUGAUGGAGAGCCUGGAGCAGCUGAGCGUGUCCAUCGAGCGCCUUCACUCCUUCUCCAGCGACAGCAGUCUGCUGCAGGACUAGUGGCUGUGCAGCAUGCGCAGCUGCUGCAGCAGGUCUGCCACGUUGGUGCCCAGCCGUGCAGACACGCCCAGGACCGGCAGGCUAGUGCGUGCCGCCACCUCCGCCACCCUCUCCUGCAAUCACGAGCACCAUGGCACUGACUUUAUAACCGUGCCAAAUUAUAAUUUAGCUUAGUUUUAUGGAUUAGAAGAAAUAUUAUUCAAAUUUAAAUUGUGGUAAGUUGUGUUUAAAAAACAUAUUCUCACCAAUAACUUUAAUUUUUUUUUCAUAAUCAGUGGAAAGUAACAUUUCACAAAUUAUAUCAAAAAUAAUCUGUAUUUAAAUAACCCUGUUAUCAGACAAUUAAAGAUGCAGGUGUGGAAAAACAUAGUUGUUAGAUAUCAAUCUUAUGGACUAUUAAACCACUGCCAUUAACAUGAGUAACUAAAAACAUUAAAUAAAUCUGCCAAUAAAAAUGGUUAUAAUUAGUAGUAAAGAAGAAACUGCUUAGUCUGUAAUAACUUUAUUUGCUUUUAUUAGAGGAAUGUCUGAAGUAAAAUGUACUUAUGAGGACACCUGUAUGUACAGUAAAACUUCACUACAACAAACUUCAAGGGCCCAAGAUUGCCAGUUGUUUGUUGUAGUGAAGUUCUUUAUACUGAAAUCAUAAAAAUUGCAUUAUUUUUGGUUGUGCCUAUUAACAACAUACAAAGAAUGUUAGCAACUGUAUAAAAAUUACUUAUUGCUCAAUUCAUCACUAUAAAAAAUCAUGAAAACUUGUAAAUAACUGUAAACACAUUAAGAAUAAAAAUAUGUAAUAUUUAUCAAUUCUAGUUUAACUGUUCUUCUCUUUAAAAACAGAUGGUGCAGACUCAAGUUCAUGGGAACACAUUAAAAAACACUGUUCUAAAAUAUAAAAGACUAUGUAAUUAUAUGAAGUGAACUAAACUGAUUUCAACAACAAACACACAAUUCACUUUGAUUUUGAAAACAAAGUCUUUAAUUGUUGACUGCUUUUUCAUUGCCCCCAGUUCUCAAUACUUUGGAGAACUCCCAUGUGGUGAGAUAAAUUUGUGGAUGUUAAGAACAGCCUCUCCAACACAUCUAGCGCAGCACAAAUUUCUUCCCUCCGAGGCCGCUUGAGCUCAACCUCUUCCGUAUCAUCCUCCUCAUCUUCGUUUGCCUGGGCGGUCUCCUCGUCACACUCUGAAGUUGUCUCAUCUGAUACAGGAGGACAUGUCAGCUGAUUAUCAAUGGUAGAAAAAAUAAUUGAAUGAUGACUGGCAGCUAUCAAAUUUUUUUUGUACUUCCACCCAUUCAGCUUCAUAUUCAUCUGCAUCAUCAAUACAGUCAUCUCCACUUGAGCUUGCAGGGAACCCUGCCUUGGCAAAACAAUUCACAACAGUGCUAGGCUUGAUUCGGCUCCAUGACGAACAAAGUCUGUGGAUAGCUUGCAAAAUGUUCCACUUUAAAGCACUUGCUUCUUUACCAAAAUCCAUCUGUCGCAGAAGAAACUGCACCAGUUGUCUUUUAUAAUCUCGUUUCACCUAAGGUAUGAUGCCCUGAUCAAGUGGUUGUAAUGUACUGGUGCAAAUUGGUGGAAGGAAAACCACUUUGAUGUUCCUUAGAGCAGAAAAAUUAGCAUUAUGGGCAGCACAGUGGUCAAUAAACAACAUUACCUUCCGGUUUUGCACACCCAUCCUUGAGUCAAAACUGUUGAGCCACUCUUGAAACAAUGAUGAGGUCAUCCAAGAGUUCUUGUUGUUCCUAUACUUGCAUGGCAAGUGUUUUAUAUUUUUGAAACAACGUGGUUAGCAAAUUUACCAACAACUAUUGGUUCCAUUUUUUCAGAACCAUCGCUGUUUACACAAAAAAUCACUGUGAACCGUUCUUUGCUUCUUUUGCCACCAUGGCAUGUUUGACCCCUAACCUCCAAAGUUCUAUCAGCAAGGAGAUUAAAAAAUAUUCCCGUCUCAUCAGCAUUAAAAAUGUCUUUCUUCUCAUAACGGGAAAUCAGAGAAUCCAGUUCGGCUUGCCAUUUCUCCUGUACAGUGACAUCAACAGCAGCAGCCACUUGAGGCUUGAAAGUUGUCAAAUCCCAAUUUUAGGGCUUCUUUGAGUGCCUUAUCCUGCAAGACAUUCGCAGCUACUAGUUGGUAUGUUUGAUGCUCUUGACUGCAUCAACCAGUCAAACUAUCGCUUCUCCAGGACUUCAAAGGUGCCGCUGAAAUAAGUUUUCAGCUGUGGGAUGAAAAAUCAUGUUUCAUAAUUUCAGACCGCUGAUUUAAAAUCGUGGACAAACUAGAUUUCGUGAUUCAAAAUUCUGUCGUGAUGUCGGUUUUCUUCUUCCCAUCGUCUACUGCUUUAAUUAUAGCUAGUUUUGUUUUCAUAUCAAUUGAUUUCCGCUUUCUCGGCAACAUUUUGCCAAAACAAUUUGAAAACGUCAACAAAAAAAUCACAAACUUAAAACUCACACGAUGCUUUACAAUUUACGUAACACGUUUCGUAUUGCGGGCGCGAAAUAAAAACACACAACACGGAUAUGACAUAAUGGUGUAUACAAAACAACGGAAAAUGGCCUUUGGCGGCGGAUGCUGGAAGUGGGAGCGCUGUAGGCGCGUCAAAAAGUGACGUUAGAUAUUACAUGGUUGCAACAGAAAUAGAAUCUUAGAAUUCCCUGACUUUUCCCUGUUUUCCAGAAAUUUAAGAGAAAAAUUCCCUGGCUUUCUUUUGAGUACAUGCCAUAAAUAUUAACGUGCAUAUGAUUAAAUGUAGUAUAAAAAUUUCAACAUGAGGUAAAAUAAGGUUGUUUUUUUGUGUUAUUUUGACGGCAGAAUUGUGAAUGAUUUUUUUUCCUUCGACAUGGCUGGUGAGAGCUCUUCGACCCAUAUUGCUGAGUUGAAUACUUUUGUAGCACAAAAUGCAGUACGCAGAAUUUAUAUUUUUAGCAGAGGGUUUGAUAUGCUGUAACUGUGGCUCCUUGAGCCUAUUCUCCUUAAAAGUAGUUUUCUUAGACAUCUCUAAGCUAAAAAAAAAGUACAUAUUAAUAUUUUCAGGUUAGGUUAAAACAUUAUUGUUUAUGAAUUCUUAAAAAAUAUAACUACACAAAUACAAAAACUAUUACAAAUUCACACCAAGCAAUAUAACGGGCCUACUUAGAGAAUUACAAUAGCAGCAUUACAACAUGCAAUACUCUUACAAUCUUAACUAACGAUUCUGGGGAAAAACAUGUUCAGUUAUGCAUAUUUUUUAUACAUAAUGUAAGUGUCACGCAACAGAACUCAGGGAUUAUAACGGUUGAAAAAAAAGUAAUUUAAAAAAAUAGGUAGAAAAAAUGCAAAAACAAAACCGAACAAAAAAAACCACGUGUUUUCGUAUCAGCUUGGUAGUUUUCAAAAUGAGAAUUGGUAUUGCCUCUUUAUCAAAAUGCACUUUAUUUUAUUAUGAUCACAUCAAAAACUAACAUCACCUGAAACAACGCCUUUGAAUUCACGUAAUAAGUAGGGACAGGAAUAUAUGGUUUUAUAUUUUCGUUAAUUUCGUUUUAAAAAUUAAGGAUUUCGGUGUUUUGUGGUUUUAUAAAAAAAAAAGCCCAUACAUGACUAGGUUACUCGCAAAAAAUGCCUUGAAAACUUAAAUAUUUCCCAUCAUUAAUUUCUGUAGUCAAUUAAAUUCAAAAAUUAUCUAGUUUUUAAUAAAAUACCUUUGUGCAUUAAGCAUAAACUACAAUAAUUAUUAUUGACGAUAACAAUAACCUUUAAAUUGAACAAAAUAAUAUACAUUAAUUAAUAUCGUAGAACUCCUAUAUGAUAUAUAUAACUGUUCUGCACUUCACUCAUUGAGUCAUUGACCAUUAAUUAAAAAAAACACUGUCAAGAUUUUUGCUCAAGCAAAACCAUACAAAGGCUGAACUGCUCGAUUUAUCCAGUGGUUAGCAACUGUAGUUUUGUCUCUAUAUCAUUUAGUUUACAGCACAGGAUGUGUGCUGUUGCAUAAGAAGAACCUUCAAGAAAAGUUAUUAGCUCUUCAAUUGGCUUGCAGUAUUCUGAAACAUAGUUAGCCUCAACUUUGAUUUGUAGCAGUUCUGCAGAGCUCCUCUCCUUUAGCCAAGUAAUACCGCUGUUGUCAUAGUCUGAUGAAUUACCAGAUGAUGCAAAGAACUCAAUGAUGUCAAAUAGCUGCAAAUGUAAACUACUGAACGGAACCACAAAUUCCACCUCGUUAAAACUGGCUCAGGGAACACCUUUACUUUUCCACUGGACAUUCCAUACUUUAAAGGAUACAAAUAUAUUUACUUUUAAACUCUUUCUUAAUGUCAUUUUCAAUUUUUUCGCCUAAUUUGGAGAUAUAUGUUCUACGAAGGGAACUAGCGGAAGGAAUAUCCCCACCUCCCUUACUUAACAUUUUUGUUUAUCCAGUCACGGAAUUUACUGUCAUCUAACUUUUCAACUGAUAUGUUCGCCGAAAUAAAUGCUUCUGUGGUUUCCAAAAUUAAUUUUAAGGCGUUUGUUGCUGGUACCGGGACUACCUAACCUUACUUUAAUGUGAUGUUUAUGCCUUGCACAUGUUUGACAACAGUGUCAUGUCUUUCAUAAAUAAUUUGUUAUGAACGUAAACACGAAUUUGACGUAUCGAUUUUAUUCCGUGCAGUAAAUAGUGGAUUGAUCACUAAAUCGAUGUAUCGAAAAGUGUUACAAAUGCGCAAAUGUAUGGUUAAUAUUACAAUAUCCGUGUCUUUUGGAAUCAACGUUCCACUACGAUUUAAAAAUUUUAAUUAAUUUUAUUUCACUUGGAUAUCUGUUUUUAAACAUUCAAUCUCGUUAUUUACGUAACGUUUUUGGUAGUUUAGAACACGUUCUCACUGGAGCAUUGCUAGCAACACAAUUGUCAAGCAGUCUGGCUAUAUACAGAUUCGCUGGCCAUAAUCUUGACUGAAGCCAUCAGCCAUGAUGGCCGCCGUAUUUACAUUUCAAUUGCCGAAACAAAAUAUCAAUUUUAUGUUCUUAGUAUGGCCAAUGUUGUAUUAUUUACUUAACAUAAAUUAUUGGCCAGUUUGCAUACUUCGUUUGUCGGCUGACGUAGUUUUUUUUUAUUUGUUCCCUCACGAAACAAUCUACCAAGGUAAUGUACAUAACCAAUUUUCGUAGUUUUUCGCGAGAAAGGCCAUUUUACGCGUUUUGUUGUUGUUUACCACAAUAUUCGCAUAAUUUCGCGUAAAAAUCAUUACACCAUUUUUUCCCGUCUCUAGUAAUAAGCUUUGUACUCACCUUAUUCCACGUGAAAAUAGCCUUCAAAAGAUAAACGACGCCAUGCCCGUUCUGUAGUUCAUUGCAUGGAACGGAACAUAAUACAAAGUCUGAAGGGCAAAUUAAAAAGGAGCAAAACACGAACAAAUGAAGGCCUGGAUUCACUAGUGAACAAACGAGUGCUUGGAUUGGCCAGAAGUUAUGGUGGGUGGUUGUAACAGCCUAUUGCAACGGACAAUCGUAGACCAUGUAAAAAAAAAAACGUUGCAGUUGCCGUGUGCCUUAAGCAGCAGCCUUUUAGCGGAGUCGUUCGGUAGCGGUACGAGCGCAUCAAAACAAAGCUUUGUUUGAAUUAUAAGCAACUUUAAAAUUUCCAGAAUUCGUAGAAUUUUCCCUGACAUUUCCCAAAAUUCCCUGACCAUUUAAAUUUCCCUGACAUUUCCCGGUUUUCCCGGUUUUCUAGUCCUGUAGCAACCAUGUAUUAAUAGCGCUGUUAUUUAAUUGAUGUGUUCUGCUGUCAUUGUGUGCUGUAUUGUUUUGCUUCUUACGUUUCAUUAUCAUUUCAUAACGAAAUUUUGAGACGGAAGUAUUUAUGAUGAUUGUCCAGCGUAUAUAUUGUGUUUGUUAACGUGAAUAUUUUGUAAACCUCUCGCAAAAUAUUUCUGGAAAUUUUGUAUAGUUGAAAAUAAUUUACAAAGGAUUGCAUUGCGUUUUGGCGGGACCGUAGAAGAUGUUCGUUAUAGUGAAGUGUACGUUAUCCUGAAGUUCGUUAACGCGAUGCUUUACUAUAUAUGCAGCCCCCUCCAUUUCCCAAAUCAAAUUUGUUUUUCCACAACUGAUUCCUAGCAAAAUUUUGUAGCUUUUAGAUUUGCCCUUUGUACCUGGUUGAAAUAUGUUUGCAAACACUUAUCACUUUACUUAGGCCCUAAAUGACUAAUUACAUAAUAACUCUAAAAUAUUCAUUACACCAAAAAAAUUACAGGGUUCGUGCACCACCUCAAUAUUGUUAAGAAGUCCUUAGUUUGUCUUUAAUUGAAUAAAGGUCUUAAACAUCCCUAAAUUUCUAAGAAUCCUUAAAACCCCCUUAAGGGGCCCGCCUACAUAGCCUUGAAAUGCCCUGCCACGCUCAAAAAGUGUGUUUCUUCCACCAAGCGCCGUGGUGGUUCGAAGAAACAUUCAAGCUUCCACCCCCGCCCCCCCUGCCCUGCUGGGUUCUUCAGUAUUUUACAACAACAGGAGGGGUAGGGGUGACUCGGCUUAUCCCUCUUCUCCGGCCGUACACGACCUUCGUUCCAUACUGCGAACGAAAAGGGGCAAGGGAAUAAAAACUGGUGGCCAGCGUAGCGGGCCACGGCUGGAGUUCGCCUGUCUGCUACGCCACUGCAUUUAGUCCAGGAAACAAAGCACAAACAUCGAAAAAAUUUGUCCAAAACUGAAUUUUUUCACAGUGGUAGAGUUGACUAUGCUUAACAACACACCGAAAGUUUACCGCAUUAGACCUUGUGCGUAUCACCGAAAAAGUGGAUUUAAGUUCUAGAUGACAGCGACUUGCAGCAGUCCAUUAAAAUACUUUUUUUUCAUACAGUUUGCAACGUAGACUCUGCGUAAACUUAUCAAAAUAAUCUAGAAACGCUAUUUACAUAUUCGUGUUAUAAAUAUUCCAAAGUAUAAUAUUAAUGAUAAGAUAUGCAUCGAUUAAAUCAUUAAAUACUUUUUUUUAUAUCUGUCACCCUGAUAAAAAUAUGAUUUACACAAAGCUGAAAAGCCUAAUGUGAAACAUUCCCUUAUAAAUGUUUUUGUGUAUUCUUUAAGCUUUAAGGUAGUGUUUUUAUAAAGAGUCUAGGUUAAUAAGAUUGCGUUCUAGAGAGGCCUGAGUGUCGCAGCGUGUAUCGUUCUGUGGCGCGGCGGUUGUAUCUCUCACAGUCGGCGCGACAUAGCGUCACUAAUUAUUACACUUGGUCUUAAUUAUCUAUUUUAUACGAUAUAAUGUAUUUAAUUUACAUGUAUAUAGAUAUAUACUUCUAUUGUUUUCCUUUAUGAACGAGUCUUAUAUACAAUAUAAAAAUCAACUCUUAAAUGAUUUCUGUUAGAAAUGUUUCAGUCGAAAACACUAAGAGACCUUUGAUUUCUAUCUGUUGGUAGAUAUAAUAUUAAAAAAAUAGUAUUUAAAUUUAAAAUUAUAUAAAUACCUAUUAAUUAUUGUUUAUAUUCCUAAUUCAUCAUUUUAUUUUCAACCAGACAAUGCAAGAUUUUUAACCAAGCCUUUAUCCGAAAAUGUGUUAAGAUUUUGAAAUCUUAAAAAAUUAGUUUGAUGCUUCAUAAAAAGUACACUAGAGUCCUGUUAUAGCGAGGUGUCACGGUUCCGGGUUUGAUCCUCGCUAUAACCGUGUCCUCGCUAUAACCGAAUUAGACAAAUUUUGGCCCCCACAAAAUAAAAAUUAACCUAAAAUAGUUUAAAAUUGUGUUUAAACCAGUAUAAUUGGAAAAUAACAGGUUAUAUUAACGAAAUCUUAAUUUCUGUGAGCAGAUGUGUGAAUUCUCUUUAAAACGAUACCCCAUAAGUACGGAUGCGAUCACCGAUUGCGUCAAAAUAACCAGAAUAUACCCUACCAAGCCACGUAAGCAUAGCAUCUCAGCCUGCGGCCGACGCAGCAUUGUCCUGCUAUCUAUCGUCGACGCGGGCUGUCUGCUGGCGGCCAUGUUGGUUUGGGAUGUAGCUAACAGGUGGUGCUAGUGUAGCGCGACAAUUUAAUUCCUUACAAAAAAGCAGGAGUGUGGCUGCGGCAACGCACGUACGCCUCAAACGAAAGUCGCUGAAAAACUAUACUUUUUUCAUUUAAAGAAACCUGUCAACUUUUUUAGAAAAUAAAUUUGGGAUUAAACUCAAACCAUCACCACCCCUUUCCCGGACAGAUACCCAAACAACUGACCGAAACAAAAGUUACAAGAAAACUGCCCUAGCGAUUCGGAAAUAAAUACGGUAGUGCCUACUAGAGGUGUAAAAGUAACGAAAAAAAUGCGUACCCGUAUGUAUUCGUUACUAUAACAAUUAGUACUCGUUACUAUCAUUACGUUACUCGUUACUUCUGAUACCGCAUAAUAUGCUAUGUUAUGUUGCAGCAACGAAUCCAGUCGUAUUGCGUACGCGUACAGUAUGACGUCGCGUAAAUAAUAAUAAACAGAAUAUAAACAAUUAACAAUAUUUGAUAAUUAAUAGUUUUUCUUAACCAAGAAACAAUUAAAUCUCAUUAGAGCGGCUUUUUAAUAUUCUCUCUUUUAAGAUAACAACCAAAAAAAAAAACGUGAAAAUACGCGAUUAUAAAAACAAAAACAUACAUAUUUCUUAUUUGUUAAAAAAAUACUUUCUUACGUUGUUUCUGUUCCAAUCUCAAAAUUUGUCUACACACGGCACAGAUAACUAACGGAAGUUUGAUAAAAGAAAGAAAGGAUGGGAUUCUAUUUUUAAGCCACGCACUUAGGUGGCGACUGCACGGCUGAAGAAUGUGACAGGCGUCAAUGGCAAGAUGUCUAGUGGCGAGCGAGAGGGGUGGAGAUAAAGCAGACAAAUAACAAAAGCGCGCUUCAAGCGAUCAGGCCGUAAAUUUCUCAAAAAUACCUCGUUAUAGCCGUGUUCUUGCUAUUACCGUGCUCGCUAUAACGAGAUUCUACUGUACAAAAAUAUAACUCGUCAAGUACCUACAAAGUCAGGUUUUUUCUCUUUUAUUAUAUCAUUACUAUAAUUCAAUUAUAUUAUCUAAAAUAAAUAAAUCAAGGGGUCUAUUGUAAAAUAUUUAGCAUAAAUAAUUAAGCUACUUUAAGUUGAAUUGUGUGCUGGCUAGCAGCCUUUAUUAAAUCUCUAUAAUUAGACCAGGAAACAAAGUAUUCAUCCUUAAUAAUUUUUCAAAAGCUGAAUUUUUGUACAGUGGUAGAUUAUACUAUGCUUUAUAACAUACCGAAAGUUUACCGCUUUAGAGUUUGUGCGUAUCACCAAAAACAUGCAGUUAAGUCCUAAAUAAUAGCUUCUUGAACGCUCCACAAUAUUUUCAACCCGUAGACGUUAUUACUAUAGUAGACAUUCAGUAAAAAAAACAUAAUUAAAAGCAUCUUUUUACGUAAUAAAAUUAAAAGUUAAAAGUUUGUAUAUGUUUUACUACACAUGCAAUUCUUUAAUAAUAUUAGGAAAAGAUUUUUAUCCAAAUAUAUGAAGAAUGGAAUUAUUUAUUACAGUUAUAUAAAUUGACUGACAUGAAAAUUAAAAUGAAUAAAUUUUAUGUAUUUUUUAAGCUUUAAAUUGGUAUAUUUGUUAAGAUAGUUUUAUAAUUGAUUGACUGCAGAAGUGUUGAGUGUGGUAGUGUGCUUUGUACUGAGGCGAUGUUGAAGUCGCUCGGGCCGGGACGAUUUUCGUUCCUAUGAAUUGAAGCUUUUUAAUGCAUUGAAAAAUUAUUACAAAGCUGAAAUUUCGUACAGUGGAAGGAUAAACACAUCUUAGUAACAUAUUAAAAGUUUACCGCCGCAAACCUUGAACGUCACACCAAAAAGUGCAUUUAAGCCCAAAAAUGGUAAUAUUUUACAAUGAUCUACAAAAUUGCAUUUCAUAAAUGCAAUUUUUGUAGUGUACUCUCAACAUGAACAACAAAAUAAUCUAAAGACAUUGCCCUAAAUGGUUAUAGUGAUAAAAAUUACAUAAUUAUUAGAUCUUUUUAUCGUUAGACAAGUAAAAUCGUUAAAGUUAAUAAAACCAGAAUUAUACUAUUUAAUGGAAAGAUAAACACAAACUAUAAAUAUGAAGAGUUCAAAGGGAAAAAAACUCUUUUAUAAACGUUGUUGCAUAUUUGUUUGGCUUUAAAUUAAUGUAUUUGUUUAGAGUCUGGUACAAUUUAUCUGGCCACUGAAGCGUUCUGAGCUGCGUAGUGUACCGCACUGCAGCGAUGCGCAGCUCAGGACGCUCCAGCAGUCAGAAAAAAUCAUACCAGACUCAUAAAAUAUAUACCUAUGUUACGCUUAUGAAAUACGCAACAACGUUUAUUUAAUCAAUUUUUACGUUGGGCUCUUCAUAUUUAUGUAACUUGUAUUUAUAUUUCCAUAAAAUUGAGUAACAUAUUUUUUUUUUAAUUUCAAUUAUUUUAAUUGUCUAUUAAUGAUAAGAUGUUACAACUUUGUGAUUUUUAUCACUGUCAUUAUGUAUGGCAAUGUUUUUCGAUUAUUUUGGUGUCCAUACUGAGAGUUACUAUCUAUAUUACAUUUAUGAAAUGCAUUUUUUUUUGGAUUAUUGCAGAAAAUAUAAUUUGGGACUUAACUGCACGUUGUUGGUGUGAUGCAAAUGGUUAACGGCGGCGAACGUUUUAUAUGUUACUAAGAAUAUUUUUUACUGUUUCUGUACCAAAUUUCAGUUUUGGGAUAAUCUUCCAUACAUUAUUAAAAACCUUUGUUUUCUAACAGUGAAAAUCGUCCCAGUCCGUGCGAUUUUAGCACCGCCACAGUGCGGUAUGCACACCACGCUCGGAAUGCUUCUGCGGUCAUGCCAGUUGUACCAGUAUCUUACAUAAUAUGCCAAUUCAAAGUUUACGAAAUUGACAACCAUGUCUUUUAAACAAUUUUUACGUAAAGUCUGCAGGUUUAUGUAAUAUAUAAUUUUAUUCCUUAUACCUAAAUUUUAAUGAAAAAUCCUUUUUCCUAAUAUUAUAAUAAUAUUGCAUGUUUAGAAAAACAUAAAGAGAUGUUUUUCAAUUAGGUUUAUAAUGUGAAAUUUUGUUAUUUUAAUAUGGUUUUAUUUACUGAAUGUUUUAUAUAAUAAUUAAGUCUACGGAGUGCAAUAUUGUGGAAUGCUAAAAAAAAAUAUUAUUUAGGACUUUAUUGCACGUUUACGGUGUGACACACAAGGAUUACGGGGUAAACUUUUACAUGUUAUUAAAAAAGAAUGAUAUUACCACUUAACUUAAUUUCUGUGUGGGUAAAAUAUUCCAGAAAUCUCGAUUUCGCAAGAGCGAAAUUCGUUCCUGCUCUUAAGACUGUAGUACUAUACCCACGCAACAUUAUUUCGCUCAGAACACUCUAGCAUUGUAAUAAUUUAUGCUAGUGUUUUGCAAAGUAUGUCAUUUUAAAGCUUAAGUAAUUUGCAAAAAUUUUCAAUUAAGUUGUUAUUAAGUCAGACCAUCCGUUCAUAUUAUAAUCAGUUUAUUAUGUCCUUGAUUGAGAUAAAAAAACUCAUUAAUUAAUUAAUAUAUUUGUAUCACACCUUUAAUAUUACCAUUUUGAAUUUGUUUCAACGUGAAUGUCUGUAAUAGCAUUUCCAGAUUAUUUUGAUGAUUUUACGGAGAGUCUACCUUUAAAACUAUAGAAUGGAAUGUAUUUUAAUGGACUGCUGCAAGUCGCUGUCAUCUAGGACUUAACUGCACUUUUUCCGUGAUAUGCACAAUAACUACAGCGGUAAACUUUCGGUAUGUUAUUAAGCAUAGUUGAUUCUACCACUGUGCAAAAAUUCAGCUUUGGACAAAUUUUUUCGAGGUUGAAACCUUUGUUUCCUGAACUGAUUUACGCACUAUGAUGGACACUUGGUGAGCACUCGUGUAAUUAGAUUUGACAGAAAAUAUAACUUUUUUCCCAACGAAAUUUUUUUUGACGAUUCAUUUCACAGCUUUACUGUGUGAGAAAUACAACUUUGCUAAUAUUCUAAAGAAGAUAUGGUGGGGAAAAAUUAACAUGUUUACACCAAACAAUUUCUGUUUUAUAUUUAUGGCUUCUUUGGUUUUUUUUGUAUCUUUUAAUUUUGUAUAAUAUGUGAAUAUUUCCAAUAGUUAAUAUACUCAUGCUUGGAUUAUAAAUUUAGAUAAGUUUUCCGAAAAUCAGUAUCUAUAAAUAUGCUAUUGAAAACAACAGAUUGCAAGAAAUACAAGCAACGGGAUAUUAAUGGUUGUUCUAAACAUUAAAAACUAUUUUCUUUAAUUCAUUAAAAAAUCUAGUGCCUAAAAAUAAGUUAAACGGCCUAACUAUGUAUCUAGAUAUUAUGUAUGAUAAACCUGUCUGACAGAGCAUUGGCUGGAAAAGAUAGAAAUCCAAGCUAAAAAUCUUCGUGGCUACAAAAUAAGUAACUACUACUGCAUUCAAGUAUAUAAAUGCGGAGGAGCUAAUUUUUGUCACUUCUAUAUAUUAUCGAUUAUAAAAUAUGCACUUCAUGUGUACAGAGUUUAUAAUAAUAAAAAUUCUAUUAAUGAUCCCACAAUAGUAACUUACUGUUCUACAAAUCUAGAUGAAUAUUUGUUUGCUAUUGAUGUCAUAGAAAAUUGUCUCAGUGACAAUACUACGCAGUUGCUAAUUAUGACAUAGCAGCAUAACUAGACAGUACAUUAGUAAACAAAUUUUUAAUUCACAUAAUCAUAUUCAUUUUAACCGCCUUCUGUAAAAUACAGUAUGAACAACACCAAAGCAAAAGAUUCUAUGGAAAUUAUGUUUACCAAUUUCCAUUGUCAGCUUUAUUUACAUUUUGAAGAAGCUGUUCAUUGAAAACUGUGAAACAUGCACUACCAGAAACACGAGCUCAACUACUCAAGGUGUAAAAAUGCCGCCUAGAUCUCAAAAGACCUAACAUACCAGGAAAAACAUAACAAUAAUCCAAACUCACUAAAUUACGAUAAUCAUUAGAAUAAUAUAUACUAAAAGUGUUUGGAAGCUACAAAAAAUUUUAUUUGAAAGAUACUUGCUUAAGCUAAUAAAACAAAAUAGUUUGGAAAUAAAUUAAAACUAAUAAAUGAGUAAAAAAACAUUAUCCAUAAAUAAAAUUAUCAAUAACUUUUGUGUAAGCUGAGCUCAUUGUAUGGUCUGUACGAAAAUAAAGAAACACAAAAAAAUGCCGUAAUGACAGUCUGGGCCACUCAUUACCAAACGUUUUCUUCUUCGUAUUCUAGGUUUCUGAUCGCGUCUUUUACGCCGCUUUGAAACUGAAUUUUGUUUACGUAGGAUGUUUUGUUUGCAAAAUUUCCAUGGGCUGUGCCUUGUUAAACUCUUGUGAAUUAUACCCUGUUUUCUGCCAUCACUAUUCACAUUUAUCACUGACAAAUCACACCUUGUACAGAUGCUUCAUAACACCAACAGGAUAAUAGUUCCCUUAAAUUAACACGCUUAAACACAAUAUUGGUAGUAAAACAUUUAGCCCUAAAUAUAUCCAAAAUUUGGAUUAAACUUUAACUCUCAAGCAAAAUCAUCCUAGCUUAUGAUGGGGUUUAGCCAUCGUUACAACAAAUCAAUGCAUUAAUUUUUAUACAUUCAGGAAAAUAUAAGUAGUACUGUUGCAUUCAACAGUAACUUUUCCUUGUGUCCCCGCCUGUAGUCACGCUGAAUGUUCAUGCCGUUUGGCCGUAGCACAACAGACUGUAUCGCGCUCAGCCAGCCCGCAGAGAGAUGCUUGCGGGUGUCGUGGCCACGCCCCCCUCCCCCCUUCCCCCGGCGGGCUAGUCUGGUCGAGCGAAACACGAGUGAAAGAAGACGGCAAGAAGAGGCAGCGCGGAGAUACCUCUCCCGCCCACCCUUUGUUCGCUAGGGUCGCGCGGCUGUGGCGGCGCCACAAGUCGGGGAGAACAUUCACGCAAAACACGUCGUAGAAAUCACGGGAGGAAGGUUUGCAGCCAGUGGCUUUUGCUAGUCGCACACUGAAUCACAAUGAACAGAGAUACAGUGUGCAUGAGAAAGAGGCACUGGCCUGCAUUUAUGCGGUGGAGAAGUUUGAAAAUUUUCUUGAGCACGACGAAUUUGAGCUUUGCACUGAUAAUCAGGCUCUAACUUGGUUAUUUUCCCACCCACGACAGCUAGGGAAAAUUGGCAGAUGGAUUAUGCGUCUGACACGUUUUAGAUUUAAAAUUCGACAUGUGAAGGGUAGUGAGAAUGUUAUUGCCGAUGCGCUAUCCCGCAUGUAUGAGCCAGGGGAAAUGGUAGAAGAAGAAUAAUCUGAAGAUGAGGGUGAAGAAGUAGAGGAGGUGGAGCAAUGCAAUGUAUUGGGUAGCUUUCUGGAGAGUUUUACGGGGAUCAGGGAAUGGCAGAGGAAAGAGGAUGAUAUAGUGAAAAUAUGUGACAGCUUAAAUGAGCCAGGAUAUGAAAAUUUUGAAAUGGUAAAAGGAAUUUUAUAUGUAAAGCGGGAUGAGGGGAGAAAAGUGUAUUUACCCAAAAGUCUAGUAAAUAUGGUGUUACGGUACUAUCAUGGUUCAGUGGUAGGUGUGCAUAGUGAAGUUGAUAAGACCCUCAAUAAGAUUAAAGAAAAUUUAUUUUGGCCGAAUAUGCGACGGGAUGUGGAAAAGCAUGUGCGUGAGUGUGAGGUGUGUCAACUCCCGAAACAACCCUUAAAUAGUAAGGUGGGAAAACUUGUGGUGGAGGAACUGAGUCGACCCUGGGAGACAGUGUUUGUGGACGUGUUUGGGCCUUUACCCAGAUCCCUCAAAGGAAAUAAUUGUUUACUUGUUUUAGUUGACGGUUUUAGUAAAUUUUGUGUUUUUAUGGCGUUGAGAGACAUGAAGAGCAUGCAAGUAGUCAAGGCUUUGACUGAAAAAGUAUGGGUACUGUUUGGAGGUGCAGAGGAAAUUGUGUCUGAUAAUGCGAGUUACUUUACUAGUAAAUUUUUAGUAAUAUGUGCUUUGAAUGGGGAAUAAAACAUAUUACUACAUCACCCUAUUACCCGCAACCUAAUUUGGUAGAACGCAUGAAUAAGAACAUAAAGAUCGCCUUGACUAUUUUCCAUCAGAGCGAGCCGAGAAAAUCGGAUGACUCUAUACAUUACUUGAAUUUAGGAUUUAAUAUGAUGAAACAUAGCUCCAAUGGUUUUACCCCGGCCCAAACCUUUGUAGGUAGGGACUUAAGCCACCCUUUAUUGAAUAGUUGGGGGAUGGAAUUAAGUAAUCUUUCAGUUAACAGUCCUAGGAUACUUGAAAAGCGGUGGUUGGAUGCUGCGCAAAAUCUUGAUAAAGCUAGGAAUAAAAUCCGGAAGCAGUAUGAUAAAGACAGGUUACCAAACCCUUUUUUGGUAGGUGAGGAGGUUUUGUGUCGAUAGUAUGUUCUUAGUGAUAAAGCAAAUUUUGUUUCGAGUAAAUUGCAACCUGCUUACUCCGAACCUUUUAGGAUUUUAGGAUUAAAAAAUUUCUGGGACCGGUCACUGUAUUGCUAGAAGAUGUGCAGAAUAAAUUUAGAGUUAAGAAAGCUCAUUUGAGCCAGAUAAAAAAGUUCUGUAAACCUACCGAGUAAGUUGGACUUGGUUUUUUUAUAUUACUUUUGUAUGUUUGAGUAUUUACCUGUUGUUCUGAUUAGCCUCUCCAUUAAGGAAUAUGCGGUUGUGAGCGCAAGAAUCAGAUUUGGUUAUGGAAUAUUUUGUUUUAUUUAAAAACUGUAAUAAUUUAUUUUUUGGGGUAUUUAGUUAAUUUUUUUUUUGUGAGGGGUGAUUGUGGCCCAGUGCCACUUUUGUUUAAGGUAUUUCCAUUUGCUUUUAUGGUUAGGUUCGUUUAAGUAAUUUAUGGUAAUUUUUGUUAGUUAAGUUUAAUUGUUUUGUUCUUUUAAAGUUUGUAUUAUUUUAAAUUUAUUUUAAACGUUUAGGGAAUUUAUUGUUGGUCAUGGCCAGGUUCGGGAUUGCCGAAGGCCUUUAGUUUUCCAGAACAAUCCAAUACAUGUGAGAGAUAAUUUAUCCUAGGGUAUUUUAAUUAUUAAGGCUAUUUUUGUUAAGAUGUUUAAUAAGUAAUGUAUAUUUCAAAGUGGGCAGAGAGACUUAUAUAUUUGUGGGCGAGCCUACGAGUGGGGUUGUUUAAAUAAACUUUGGAAGUGACGAACUACUUUCUAUGACGUCACAUUGGCGGUGCUGUACAGCGCCGCGCCGUGCGCACAGUUUAUCAGCGCGGAAGAAAAAAGGGUGUCGUGAACCGGCCCCAGGGCUGGGAAGUUGUGUGUGCGUUUGCUCGUGGGACAAGGAGACUAGAUGGUGGAACGUAAUGUGGAGUCGCCGGGGAUUUUGGUUUUGGUUUGAUUUAGCCUAAAUGUGAGGCUGGUUUUCGAACGGUAAGCGACAAACUGGUGAAGGUUUACCAAGAAGCCUACAUCGCUGAAGAAUUUACACGCCCGUGUUACAAGUGUUGGCUGCUUCACUGAUUUAUUCCGCUACAACUAGUGCUACCAGAACGUCAACUUUAAGCAGCGGCCAAGGUCAAUGUCCACUCACCUGUAUGAGGUAUUGCGCCUAUCGGCUUUAAGGGCGGUCGAGGAGUGCGGCAGGCAUCGCGGCUAGUAAAAUUGUGAUGUUGCAAUUUUUGCCCUCAAUCCCAGCCGCAAAUCAAGACACCGCAACGUAAGUACCUUUUCACCUGAUAUUCAUCGUACCAACUGACUUGUGAUUAAGAGGCCGUGUCACAAAUUUGCGCUCCUAUCUAUAUCAAUGUUAUUUUAAAAGGCAGUUUUUCUCAAAGUCUAUAAGAGGUAGGGGCCGGAAAUUUUGCCUACUGAAAGUAUACAAUACAUUUAACAUAACAGCUUUUUUCAAAUUUAUUUAUCAUAUCAUAUAUUAUUUCUGUGAUGAAAAUAAUAUUAUCAAUAUUUUGAUUUGUCCAGAUACAUUGAAAUUUUGCUUAUAUUUAUAAUUAUUUAGCAAAAACUGAAAACGCCAUUGAAAUGUAUUGCACAUUACCUUCCGAUCAGUGUUUUCAUGAUCAUGAUGGGUUUAUAAACCUGGGUGUAAUCAAGUCUUUAACUAUUACAUGACAACAUUUAUACUUAAUAAUUUGGAGAUAUGCCUUUUCUAUCCUCAGCCCCUGAGCUUUUACUAUCUGGUCUGGCGACCGACCUGACACUCUUCAACCACCCCAGGGGUCUCCGAUUACACAUCUUAUCAAAAAAAAAAAAGCUGUUCGUUCAUUUGUUUUUGUGUUCGAGCGAAGGUUUACUUCUCCAUUAGUGCCACAGAAUUCACACAUUUAUGCCAAGGGAAUAUUCCGCUGAUGUGACGCCAUACGAAUGUAUUAUUCGCGACCAUACAACUUUUUUGUUUGUCAUCGGGAAAAUGACGCCGCAGUUUGAUUUUUUGUGGUGAUAUAAAAUAAAUUUUCUUGGAAUGUUCAUUUUAAAUUGAGCAUUUUUAAAUGUCAGCGUAGAAUAUGCUUAUCUGCCCAUU